AUGAGGUGGCUGCUCUUCCUUCUGCUCUGUGAGCUUCACCAGAUCUGGGCGAGUUCUGAGGCCUCUCAAGGGACUGUGCCCUUCCGCUGUCUCCAGAUCUCGUCCUUCGCCAACAGCAGCGGGUGGCGCACAGAUAUAUCCUUGUGGCUGGGAGAGCUGUUGACCCACACUUGGAAGAAUGACUCCAACUCUUUCCGCUUCCUGAAGCCUUGGUCUCAGGGCACAUUCACACACAAGCAGUGGCAGAAAUUACAACAUCUAUUUCAAGUUUAUCGGAGCAGCUUCACCAGGGACGUGCAAGAAUUCGCCAAAAUGCUGCAAGUAAACUAUCCCUUUGAUAUCCAGAUGUAUGUUGGAUGUGAUGUGAAGCCCAAAAGUUCUCCAGAAGUCUUCCUCCAUGUAGCAUUUCAAGGAACAGAGAUCCUGAGUUUCCAAGGAACCUGUUGGGUGCCAGCCCCAGAUGCCCCACAAUGGGUGGACAAGGUCUGUGAAGUGAUGAACCAAGACCGGGGGACCAGGGAGACAGUGCAGUGGCUCCUCAAUGACACCUGUCCGGAGUUUGUCAGAGGCAUCGUAGAGAUGGGAAAAUCAGAGUUGGAGAAGCAAGUGAAACCUGUGGCUUGGCUAUCUCGUGGCCCCGCCCUUGGUCCUGGUCGAUUGCUGCUGGUGUGCCAUGUCUCAGGAUUCUACCCUAAGCCUGUGCAGGUGACAUGGAUGAGGGGUGAGCAGAAGCAGCCCGGCACUCAGCAAGGGGAUAUCCUGCCCAAUGCAGAUGGGACAUGGUCUCUCCAAGUAUCCCUGGAUGUCGUGUCUGGGGAAGCAGCAGGCCUGACAUGCCACAUUAAACACAGCAGUCUUGGAGACCAGGACAUCAUUCUCUACUGGGAGGUGAAGCAUGUCUCUGUGGGUUUGAUCGUGCUGGUAAUACUGUUGCUGCUCCUGAUUGGUGGAGGCUUAUUCAUCAGGUUUAAGAAGCCCUGCUCCUAUCAAGAUAUUUUAUGACUUUCCUGUCUUUCUGGAACACAAAAUGUCAAGUUCCUAACUUCUGUGCUCAGGAAUGAAGGUGAAGGAGCAGGUACCUCUAAGAAGCAGGGAACUAUCACAAGGCAACUGUUCUCGCACUCUUUUAGUGUUUUAUCUAUGAAGAGUUGAGUUCUCUUUCCUUAAACUACAAGUUUAUAAACCCAUUGGCUCUGCAAAGAGGGAAGUACAAACUCAGCUACCUCUCAGGGACAAACAGCUAAGAACCAACGCACGUAAAGGCAUGUGAUUACUGUUUGGUGGAGUCCGCGGUGAACUACAAAGCAUUUGUCCUGCUGAAGGAAGUAGAUCCACAUGCUAAUGUUUACUUAUAAAGUAUGACCCUGCUUGGCUUUAAUCUGCAUUUUCUAAGUAAAGUAAUAUCUGGAUUUUCAUA